CUCUCUGACUUUGGGAAAAAAGGUGGAUUUCACGCGCUUUUGCGUCCUCGGUUUUUGCCCUAAUCGCAGAGAGAGCGGAGGAGAGAGAAAAUCCUCCGACAAGAUUCCAUAUAAUCCGACCGACUGCUUGUCCCCUGAUCUCGCCGUGACUCGGUUGACUCGCCGUUUCCCCGACUUUGAUUCGUCGUUUCUCUGAUUCGACCCGUUUGACUCGGUUUCGUUCCUGGGUACCAUUACGUGUGUUGGUUAAACUGUGAUUUCUGAAGAUUUCAACGAUGGACCCGAUGGAUAUAGUUGGGAAGUCCAAGGAGGAUGCUUCGCUUCCAAAAGCUACCAUGACUAAAAUUAUAAAGGAGAUGUUACCACAGGAUGUCCGUGUUGCUAGAGAUGCUCAAGAUCUUCUGAUAGAAUGUUGCGUAGAGUUUAUAAAUCUCGUUUCCUCGGAGUCUAAUGAAGUUUGUAACAAAGAGGACAGACGGACAAUUGCACCCGAGCAUGUCCUCAGGGCGCUACAGGAUCUUGGUUUCGGAGAAUACAUCGAGGAAGUUUAUGCUGCGUACGAGCAACAUAAGUUUGAAACUAUGGACUCACAGAGAGGUGGGAAGUUUAACAGCAGGGCUGAAAUGACGGAGGAAGAAGCAGCAGCCGAGCAACAACGUAUGUUUGCUGAAGCUCGUGCGAGGAUGAAUGGUAAUGCUGCAGUUCCUCAACCCGAGCAAUCAGAAACCGACCAGAGAAAUCUGCAGAGCUAAUCAGAACCACAAGCCCUUAAAUUUUCUCGGGACCGAUAGGCAAAACCAUCCUUUGACACUUUAACAUUUCCUGUAAGUGCAAAAAACACUUCCCCUUGUGUUGAUAUAUGCACUUCUACAUAUAACUUAGAUUUGUGUUUUGUCUUUGAAAAAAAAAAAAUCACUGUGAUUCAGAUGUAAUUAGUAAGCAUGUCUUAUCUCAUUCCUUUUGUCCUUUCUUGUGUUUGCCCUCCUUUUGUCUUGUAACUUCCAUAGCUUACUGUGUUAACAGAUCUAGUUGUUCAAUGUUAUGGUAUCCUAUGCUCAA